CAACCACAAGGAGAUGGAGACACUGGGGAUAACCUGUGAGGAGCACAAGGUGAUAUUUCUGAAGGGAGAGAACCCCUGUUCUGGCCUGGUGGGGGUAGAGCAUGGCAGUAAAAUCUACUGGCUCUCUGGGUCUAACAAGACAUGGAACCAACAGUCUGCAAACAUAGUGUGCCAGCAGAUGCACUGUGGGAAGGCCACCUCCCUUACAUCUGUCCCUAAAGCUGAUAUGGAGAAAGUUGUUUGGGAUAAAUUCUACAACUGCUCACCCAACACCAAGUCUCUGUUUGACUGUGAAGCUAAAACAGCAUCACCUGACCACAAUUACACUAUUGCCAGUGUGACAUGUUCAGGAACAAUCUCAGUAAAUCUGACCAAUGAGUGCUGGGGGAAUGUCAACGUUUGUGUAAAUGGGAAGUGUGGAGGUGUGUGUGCAGAUACCUGGACACACACACAGUCUGAGAUACUAUGUAAAUCCCUUGGCUGUGGGGAUAAAGCCCUACGUCCCAACAACCAGCCUAAGAAAAGUUCGGUGAUCUUUAAGAGUUUGCACACUACAAAGCAGACCACCAGCCUGACCCAGUGCAACUUCGUUAAAUAUAGUGACAGUGAUACCACCUGUAAUCAAAACCCAGCCUAUGUUGUUUGCUCAGGCAGCGUCAAGCCCAGAUUUAGCAUUUCUAGCACAGAAUGUUUUGGAAAUGUGCAGCUGUCCUAUGAAGGAAAAUGGCUCCCAGUGUGCAAUGAAAGUCUGGAAGACCUGAAAAUACGAGACACCAUCUGUGAGGAGCUGGGAUGUGGUCAUGGUCUCGGCAUUAUUGAACACUUUGGACCUAAACCUGCAGGAGAUCAUGUCAUUUCAGAACUAGAGUGCCCUGGCACAAAGUCAUUAAAAGCAUGCAACAUCACUUCUAAAAAAACAUCCUGCUCUCUAGCUGGCCUGAAGUGCUCCAACUGGAGAAAGAUUAAGGUCAAGGGAACCUGUAGUGGUGCUGUGUACAUAGACUCAGAGGGAAAAAGCAGUCCUGUUUCCACUGGAGGAUGGACAGAAGCUGAAGGACAAAGGCUUUGCCAGGAUUUGAAAUGUGGUGGAUACAAGUCAAUAAACAAUCACACAACAUCAGAGACACAUCCUUUCUGGAACAGAAGCUUCAGCUGUGCAGAUGUACAGAAUCCACAGAACAUCUGGGCCUGUGAAAAACAAACCUCACCCAUAGAGGAGCAGCAGCUCCUUAUUGAAUGUCAAGGUACGCCUAAGGUCACCCUGUCAGAGGAAUGUCAUGGUGUAUUGAGGAUAAAUGAAACUGAAGUGUGCAGCACUGACUGGACAUAUUCACCCAUGGCUUGCCAAGAAAUGAAUUGUAGCAAUGCUAUUGAUGACUUCUUCACUGAUCCUAAGCCAAAUGCCAUGUACCAACAUGUCAGCUGUGAGGACUACCAUUAUGAACUUGGCCAGUGCAGGAGAAGCAAAGGACCAUGUACUGCAAAAGUGCUGUCUAUUUCCUGUGUUGGUAGUGUCAAGUUCAACACCACAGAAAAAUGUGGAGGUCAGCUCACAGUCAAGUAUGGAAAUCAAUGGGAAAGCGUGUGUCCUCUGACACUUUCCGACGUGUUUAAGGACAAGCUGUGUCAGGAGCUUGGCUGUGGUGGUUACAAUAAGAGUAUAAAGAUACCUAAAAGCAAGGAUGUGGCCAACUUGAAAACAGCACUGAAAUGCACCGAAAAUCACAAGGACAUCAAGCACUGUGUCCGCCGAGAGAGCUGUAACAAAGUCCGACCAGCUGAGAUCUACUGUCAUGGGUUUGAGUGGAAACAACCCGCCACUGGGACCCCCAUAGUGCCUAUUAUCCUGGGAGCAGGAUUUCUUUUGGUUCUGGUGAUAAUCAUUAUUGUAUGUGUACGAAUCUGCAAUGUCAAGAGAGCAAAGAACGCCAUGAAAGUCCCACUGAAAACGCUGUCAAGAAAUGAUGUAGAGGUUGAAAGUGGCAACUACGAGGACAUAGAGAGCAAACCCGAUGAGAUGGAAGACUUCAGUGGUGGCAGAUUCAGAUCAGAGGCCGAAGUCACCAAAGAAAACAAAGCACACAGCACUUCCUCUUUUUCUUAUGAUGAUAUUGAUGAAGCUACUGAGGCGCAGGCCCUGACCUCUCAGGCCGCCACAGCUAACGCCUCAGACGAGAUUACCUAUGAGGUGGAUGACCCACAAGACAGCUACGACGACAUUGAAGACAGCCCUGAAGUCAUGCAGACGAUAGCUGAAGUCCAUCACUGCUCCAGAACCACACCUGAAAGUGAUGCAGCGGUAUCUUCAGAACUGGUGCAGGUGGAUGAAGACUACCUAGUGCCGGGCCAAGAUGGGUGAGCCCAAACUGAAAUAAAAUCCAAUCUGGCAAAGUGGAACACUUGAAAACCAAGCUCCAUUUUACUCAAGCACAAAUGGAAAAAACUUAUAUAUCAGAAUAUCUAAAUUACCACCAGACUUUUUAUGCAGCAGAUAUUUGUUGCAGUGGAUAAAAUAAAUGUACAAAUAAUGCAAAAAUUGAGUGUAAAAAAAUUUCCCAGAUUAAACAGGUUCAAUUAUUAUUAUAAUCUGAAAUACUGAUAACUUUAAAUCAGACAAGAUUGGUUUAUGAACAGAGUAAACUGUGUAUAGUCAUGUCAAGUGUGUCGGCCAGCCAUCAAAACACAGGUGAGGCAAAUAAAAACAGUUUUCUUUCUGUUCAAAUGUACAGUUGUUACAUGUAAGAAUUUCAGUUAUUUACAUCUUUCCCUUGUUUACAUCUUUUUCUUGUUGAUUUUAUG